GUGGACUCCAAAGGAAGCCCCUCACGACGACCGACCGGAGCAGGGCCCUAGGCCGCCUACUCUCUCGAAGCCCCCGCGGCCUUUCCUUUCCUCCUCCUCCUGCUCGGAGGUUUCUCUCAGGGAAGGCGGCCAACUGUCAGCAGAGGGAGCUGCAGGCCAGCCGGCGCCAUCUCCGGCUUCUCUCCCGCAGCUCCGGGCUUGGACAGCAGGGAGAGGAAGGAAGAGGCCUGCCUGGGCGGCCGGCCCUCCUCGCCGCGCUCGGUCUCAGCCCGGCUCAACGGCAACGGAUUCGGCCGCUGCGACGAAGCCUUUCCCGGGACCGGCUCUCUCUCUCUCUCUCGGCUCGCGGGGCUCCGCCCUCGUGGAAUGUAACGUGUGAACGCCCGCAAAUCAGCUGGGGUUGAGGGUUUAGCAUCUUCCCGGGACCAAAUCGAAAGGUCACAUGAUGCUAAUUCCCAACAAUAUUAACUGCUAGUUUGAUACUCCAACAUGUACCACGUUGUGUUGUUAGAGCUACCACAGAGGCCUCCCAGGGACAUGCAAGCCCCGAGGUAAUGAAGUUGUUGCCAAUGCCUUUAAUGCGUGGCAGAGGGGAAACUUUCAAAGGAACGAAGGCCCUCCUGUGAGGUUGGAAACAAAUUGUUGUACCCAAUCAUCCAUCUGGAUGUGGGAGCUUUGAAGGGGAAGAGAGAAUAUUCAGAACUGGUAAAUGGAUUUGCAUGGGGUUCAGAACUGAGCCAACUUCUGAAAUAAUAUCCCUCAACUUGAAUAGAUGGCUCUUCAGCAGCCUCCACAUGCUUUUAAUAUCUCCCCAGUCGCGGAUAGGAGAUUGUGUCUAAAUGGAACACCCUGGAUUUGGCAUCUCCUGGAAGAGUGUGUCGGGAAUGCGUGGGAGUAUUGGAGUGUUGUCAUAGGCCUGAUCUCCAUUGUCUGCUUUCUGUUUGCUGCACUACCUCAACUGUAUGUUGCCUAUCGGAAUGGAAAAGUGGAUCAAGCACUUUCAUUGGGCUUUCUGCUAUGCUGGAUUGCUGGAGACCUCACCAGUUUUAUUGGGUGCUACUUGACAAAUCAACUUCCAAUACAGAUAAUCACUGCCAUCUUUUACGUUAACAUGGACAUUAUUAUGAUAUCCCAGUUUGCCUAUUAUAAGCUAAAAAAUCAGAAGGCGACAAAAUGUGGCAUAAACUUGAAAAACUGUUGUGUCAUCUGGGUCUUGAUGUGCAUCAUACUCGGUUUGAUUUUACCUGGUCCGUUACUGCUGCGGAACCAAGUCCAGAAUACUCUUUCAGGAACAAAUGAGAAGUCUCAUGGCAUGAUUGAGUUGUCAGGAUUUGUGUGUGGCUACAUAUCGUGUCUCUUUUAUUUGGGAUCUAGAAUUCCCCAGCUGUAUAAAAAUUUCCAAAGAAGAUCCACAGAAGGCACCUCUUAUCUGCUUUUUGCUUUAGCCAUGAUGGGAAACUGUACCUAUGGUCUAAGCAUUGUCUUAAAGAUGCCUACGACACAGCAUCUCAUAAAUCUUUACUUCUGGCAUCAUCUCCCCUGGCUUAUUGGGAGCUUUGGGGUUUUGUUUUUAGAUAUUUUUAUAACUGCACAGUUUAUUUUGUAUCGCAAGCGGAAGGAGAGAAGACCCAGCUUGGUGGCCUUGGAAGUUGAACCUCUGCUCAUAAAUGAAGAUUCCUAACCUCCAUAUUUUUGCAGCGUUUCAUUCUGAAGUCUGGAAGGCUUUUCUUAAGCAAGGGGUGAUGCUCAUUAAAGACUCAACGUACCAUCAGGUGCUUACGCUUGGACAGAUACGAUAUCACAAAGGAGGGGGAAAGCCAAAGCUAAAGUUCCAGGGUAUUGUUUGAGCUUCGGUUACUGGACUUCAAGAAGAGCUAACUCUUAAGGGGAUUGUCCAUCCCCAAAAUAAAGUUAUUUCCCCCCAAUAUUAAA